UCCAAUCAGCAGCCGCUAAAGUCUACUCUGCUGCAGGAUCCUUCCCACCAAUGUAGUUUCUGCUAUUUUGGCGGCUGUGCGGAAAACAUGGCGGAAAUUUUAAAAGAUUGCAGUGUGCCCUGUAAGCUGUCCUGGGAUGAUCUUGAAGCCCUGUGUCGCAGAGAGAGGCUGCAUUGUAAACAGCUGGGGGUCAGCAGAGCCAACGUCAACGAGUACGAGGUGGAGUUCCUCUGUGACUACAAGAAGACCAAGGAGGAGGAAUUCUACCUGGUCAAAUGGAGGGGCUUCCCAGAGUCAGACAACACCUGGGAACCCAGGAGGAACCUCAAAUGCCCCAAACUGAUGAAGCAGUUCCACAUGGAUCUGGAAAAGGAGCUGAGGCGCCACAAGAGACGCAGCAUCCCUAAAAAGCUGGACAAGGAAGUGUCGUUCUUCCUGAUUCAGAAAGCCAAACUCCGUCUGAGUCUGCAGCGCUGGGAGGCCCAUUUAAACUACACUCGCAACCACCCCGGUCGCAUCUUUGUCCAGAACGACGUGGACCUUGAGGGCCCACCGAAAAACUUCACCUACAUCAACAAUUACAAAGUGGGCCAGGGCAUCGUAUUAGACGAGAUGGCUGUGGGUUGUGAGUGUAAGAACUGUUUUGAGGAGCCAGUGAACGGCUGCUGCCCCGGGGCCUCUCUGCACCGCAUGGCCUACAACGACCGGGGCCAGGUCCGGAUCCGACCGGGACAGCCCAUAUAUGAGUGUAACUCCCAGUGCAGCUGUGACCCUGACUGUCCCAACAGAGUGGUGCAGAAAGGCAUCCAGUUCGACCUGUGCAUCUUUAAGACAGAGAACGGCCGGGGAUGGGGCGUCCGCACGCUGCAGCAUAUCAAGAAGAACACAUUCGUCAUGGAGUACGUGGGCGAGAUCAUCACGACAGAUGAAGCAGAGAGGCGGGGCCACGUCUACGACCGCCAAGGCUCCACGUACCUGUUUGAUCUGGACUAUGUGGAGGACGUGUACACAGUGGAUGCAGCACAUCAAGGCAACAUCUCUCACUUUGUCAACCACAGUUGUAACCCCAACCUGCAGGUAUUCAACGUGUUCAUCGACAACAUUGACGAGAGGCUCCCGAGAAUCGCUUUGUUUUCAACACGAGCCAUCCAGGUGGGAGAGGAGCUCACCUUCGACUACAAGAUGCAAAUUGAUCCAGUCGACACAGAAAGCACCAAAAUGGACUCCAGUUUCAGUUUAGCGGGACUCCCCAGCUCUCCGAAGAAGAGGAUUCGAGUGGAGUGCCGGUGUGGAUCAGACUCGUGUAGAAAAUACCUGUUCUGACACGGUACCGCUGGUAACAGAACAGUCAUCCGGGGAAAGAUGUGGAAAAUUGUACAGAUUUUUAUACAAAUGUUUCUUUUUCCUGACUUCAUGAAAGCUGAAGUCCAACAUGUGAACAUGACAAACUGCAACCUAACAUACUCCGACAGAGUGCAGAGCCUCUUGGUUUCCCAUCAACUGAACACUGCAUCAGUGCUUUAAGAUAUCUUUCUCCGUCCCAUUUUAAAUUUCAGGAUAGAUGAUAGAAGAGUGAUCUAGCGUGUAUAUUAGCCCGUCCAUACGGAGUGCAGCACAUGAAUGAACGGCCGUUUACUUCUUCAUUGAACCUUUACUGUCGCUGGUUAUUUGCCCGAGACUUUUCCUGACAUGUGGGUGAUAAUUGCAGUUUACUACAACUUGGGUCUUUGGUGUGUUUUGACUUGUCAGAGCGCUGUAGUGAUGUCACUGCGGGUGGGAGACGAUGUAAUAAACUGGAAACUUAUAACAACUGCACUGUGUUAAUAAUCUACAUGAAUCCAGGAGGCCACGUACGGAUUAAACCAGGUAAACUAAAUGUACAAGGUAGAUAUUCAGUGACGGUGUUCAGUGUGAGUUUGGUCUGAUCCGCCUGGUGGACGACGAGAUGGAUUCAGCUGCUGUCAGGUCCGUUAUAAACUGUCAUGAACUUUUUAAAAGUAUUAUUGGAGUCGUAUUUUACAUGUUGUGGCUACUCUGAGGAACAGAUCAUUAUGUCGACGCCUGAGUGACAGAACGUGGACACUGAUGGAAGAGUAAUUCUCCAACAAAUGAUCACACAGUUGUCAUGAAAGGUUUUGGGCAAACAGUCGGCACAUUCGUAGAAAAAUAAUAGAGAUGAAAAGAAACUGUGUCAGUGAGCAGGCUUCCACUCUGGCCGUGUUCAGACCAAACCAGACGCUGCGGCGCACAUCUGCAGGGGGGGUGAGGUUGUUUAUUUGUAAUCACUGUGAACCAAUCAGAAAAUAACGUUUUAUUCCUCUCAUUCGACUCUCUCUCUCUCUCUCUCUCUCUCGUCUUUUUCCGUUAAAUGACAGUAAAGUCUAACUUUACUUUUAAAGUUAUCAAACAAAAGGAAACGUCCUCCCCUCGUUCUCAUGGCAGCUCUGAUCAGUCUGAUCGCUGGCUGUGAUGUUGGGUUGCGUUUUUCAUUCUAGAUCAGUUUUCUCGCCACAGGCCUCUGCAGCCCUGCAGCCCCAACGCACAACCCCCCCCCCUCAGUCAUCUGAAUGGGGGCAGUGCUCUGAGUCAGCGGGGGAGCCAACGCAGAAGGCUCAGCAAAACAAUGCAGGGUUGUCCCAUUAAACCCCCCCCCACCCCCCCUCUCCAAAACAGACAAGCUGACGUUGACGCCCUCCUCACGCAGCGAUUGGCCAGCUGUGUGGCGGUGAGGGAGGAGUCAGGAGUCAGUCUUCUCUCUCAAGCCUUAUCAUUCAUAAUGCAACUAUUUAUGUCACUCUUCAUGUGAACAGCCGAGUGCAACACUAUGACUGCUGGUGUCCCCCCCCGCCCCCCGCCCCCCUUUGAGUGAAGCUGUUUCUAUAAACAGGGACAACACAUCCUAACAACCAGUUCUGAACAACCAUCAAUGGACUCGAACCGUCUGAGAGCAAAUAUGAUUCUGUUUCUCUCUAAACUGAGAUUUUCUAUGUUUUGUUGUUUAUCGUUUGUAUUUAUUUGGACUUGAAUUAUAAAACACUAAAAAAAAGUAAACAAAAAUAAUAAAUUGAGAUUCUGUAGUUGUGAGGUUCAUAGUGCUUUUAUUUCUUUUACCUUCAGUCUCGUCACUCGUGUGGUCGUUGAGGUCUUAAUAUGAAUCAGAACCGGUUUUUAAGAUGUGUUGUCCAGAGUCCACACUGGACGCCAUCACACCUUACUGCCUCCCUGAUCUCUCUACAUCAACUCUUGGUCUUCCUGUGUCCUCGUAGUCCUGACGACACUCUGAGUCUCUCCUCCAACAGUCAUUGUGUGGCAUUCACUUGAUCACAUGGAGAGUGAAGUCUGUGAAGUGGACAGGUUGUCACUUUCUAUUUGAAAGUUACAAAACUGGAUACAGCCCCCGCCCCACCACCACCACUCCAACCACAAUCUGCCGUCAGAAGGGUUUCAGAUGAUCUGACAGGCACUUCAGGUCUUUAGUCUUCAAACACCUCUGACUUGUCAGUGUUGAGCUGUGACCGCCUUUCCACUCCUAAUCAACAUGUCAUGCAGAUCUACCAGAGAUGUGGUUUCCAUGCAGUCAGCUUGCACCUACAGACAAACUGCUGUGAGGAAGUGACUCGCUGGGUGUGUCUGUGUGCUCGGUGCUCCCGUUACCAGCCACAGAGCUGGAGGAUCAUCCGCACAUUACAAAAUAUAGUUUUCUGGACAUGUUUCAUACCUGGAUACUACUUCAGUGUCAUUGUGGGGGAAACUCUGUUUGGGUUAAAGGCUCAGUUCACCCAGAUUACAACAAAAAAACUAUUUCCCACUUACUUUCUACCAAAGAAAUGGUUCCCAUGAAAACUGACUCAACUUCUCAAGACUCAACUGAUAAAACUCAAACUAUCUGCAUGGCCCAACACCAAGAGGGUAAGUGGAUCUUUUUAGUUGUGAUUAUGGUGAACUGGCCCUUUAAUGGUGAUGUGAGUUGAGGGGGAUCUAUAAUUACAAUGUCUAUCUACUUUGGGUCGCUCUAGUGAUUGUAUACAGUCUGUAUUUUGUGGUCAAAUAGCUGAUUGUUUUACAGUGUGUAUAUUUAAAUGUUUUAGUUAUUAAUGCUUGUUUUUUAUCAGUGUGAUUUUCUUAUAGGUGAAGAACAAAAACAAUGUAAAUAAAUGGUUAUAAAGAUAA